AUGGUUGAGACGAAAGAGGACCUCGUGCGAUAUUCCCGAAUGUGGGAGACCCUCAAGCACGCGUUUGGGUUGAGAGUGUUGCAGCCUAAGCCAUCCCCCUUUUCGCUCAUACCGGUAUCAGCAUUUGGCUUUUCCCUUGGGCUCUUAAAAUUUCUAGAGACGACCAUUGCACCUCUGCGCGUUGAACUCAUCAGAUUUGUACGGUUGGCCAAUGAUACUCACCGAGGUACUCUCCAUCAUUCACUCUUGGGAAUUUCCUCCGUCAUCGUCCAGUCUUUCGGCUCUAUCGGUGACUUCUUGACUCUGGGGCGCGAAUAUGAAUGGCGGAGCCUGACAUGUCAUCUUCAAGUUCUAGGGGCUGGGCUCAGUGGAAUCAAUUCAUUUUUUGAGAAUCGCCGUGUUCUUGUACUCGAUACAGCGAUCUGUCUCAAAGCAUGUGUGAAUCGUCAAGGGAAUCAUGGACAGUGGGAGUUCUUCGGGACCAGGCGAAGAAUGAUGGGUGGCUUCGUCAUCCUUUUACCCAAACCGCCUUGGAAAAACAAAAGCGGCUAG